UACAUUCUUCUGGUUCUACUUUGAUGUCAUUUACAGAUUUAAUACUGUAAUAUUUGUAAUCAUUACUGGUACUGCAUUAUGACACAGUAAAAUUGCAUUGAAUAUAAUGAACAGAAUUGUUCUUUGCCUGCAACAAAUAGUUUGAAAAUGCCUCAAAAAAGUAUUUUCUCAUUUUUUGGUGGUGCAAAUAAAAAGCCUCCAGUCCAGAGUUCAAAAAUAUCAUCUCCAAGGAAAACUUCUCCAGAAAAAAGUAAUAAACAUCUUGAUAACGGUGCAGAAGAUUCACCAAUUAAAAUCAAGAAACGGAAAGCCUGCACACUCUUUGAAUCUUCAGAUGAAGAAGAUGAUAAGAUUGAACAGUCUGCUGAGAAAACCGCUGAUCUUGGUGAAAAGCGAUCUAAUAUUGAGAAUGUCCAACCAAAGAUUCUUGAACCUAAAUCACCACAAAAGGAUUCAGAAUCGGAAUCGCAGAAUCCACCAGCUGACGUCACUCGAACCCCGAAAGGGAGCAUUAAAAGAAAAACAGCAAGAAAAUCACUUCCAGACUCUAAGAAACCGAAAAUGCAAUUGACAACAAAAACAGAACAGACAACAGACAAAGUUACUUCUUCAGCCGCUGAUUACAAAACUAUGUCACCAGAAAAGGCGCCCAAAUCACCUGCAAAGGAAAGUGAAGUAAUAAAAGCAGAGGCUGCUGAGGUUUCCAUCAAUAAUAAAGAAGAUGACAAAAAAUCUUUGUCCCCAAGUCACGAUGGGGCAAUGGAUACAACCGAGUCGAAAGAUACUUCUUUUGCAGAAAAUCAGUCUUUGAAGAAAGGGCAAGAUAAUUCAGAUUCUACAGAUAAUGAUGAUAAAUCAAAAAUUCAAAAGGACAUGACAAAGAAAAAGAAGUGUUCUUCUAGUUUCAACACCUUUUUUCAACCUAAAAAGAAAGAAAAUGUAAAAGAGGAACUUCAAUCAACCAAAGUCAAGACAAAACCAAGUAACAACUCUGCUUCAGAAUUCGAUCCGACUGUUUCAAAAUAUCAUCCCGUUGAAAGUGCAUGUUGGAAACAUGGUGAAAAGGUUCCAUAUUUAGCACUUGCAAGAACAUUUGCAGCUAUUGAGGAGACAUCUGGACGGUUGAAAAUGAUCGAAUAUUUGUCAAAUUUUUAUCGAAGUGUAAUCGCCCUAACUCCGGAUGAUUUACUUCCCUGUGUGUAUUUGAGUUUGAACCAACUUGCUCCUGCUUAUGAAGGAAUUGAACUUGGUAUUGGUGAUAGUCUUUUAAUCAAAGCAGUCGCAGAAACUACAGGAAGAUCAACUGAAAAAAUAAAAAGUGAUCAGAAAAAACUUGGCGAUCUUGGUGCAGUUGCAGAGACGAGCAGGACAACACAGAAAAUGAUGUUUGCCCCUCCGCCUCUUCAUGUCCGUGGUGUAUUUGCUAAACUUAAACAGAUUGCUUCUAUUUCUGGUGGUUCCUCCAUGGGUCAAAAAGUCAACUUGGUGAAGAGCUUACUGGUUGCAUGCAAGUCUAGUGAAGCUAGAUACUUGAUAAGGUCAUUGAGUGGAAAACUUCGAAUUGGGUUAGCUGAACAAUCAGUUCUGACUGCUCUUGCUAACGCUGCAACAUUAACACCACCCGGAAAAGAAAUAUUUAAUUCUGGGAAAGGAAUGUCUCCCGAAGUACUCAAGUCAAUGUUAGAAGAAAAAGCUCUCAUCGUAAAGACAACAUAUUGCGAAUUGCCAAAUUAUGAUGUCAUAAUAGAAAAACUACUGAAGAAUGGAAUUGAUAAAUUACCAGAACAUUGUAAAAUAACACCAGGAAUACCCCUCAAGCCUAUGCUUGCUCACCCGACCAAAGGAGUGACUGAGGUAUUGAGUAGGUUUGAUAAGAGUGCAUUCACUUGCGAAUAUAAAUAUGAUGGAGAAAGAGCGCAGAUUCAUGUUUUGGAAAAUGGGAAGAUUGAAAUUUACAGCAGAAAUCAAGAAAAAAAUACAUCAAAAUACCCUGAUAUCAUUGCAAGAAUGCCACAGGUUUUAAAAGAAGGCAUCAAGUCUUGCGUAAUCGAUUCUGAAGCCGUCGCCUGGGAUAAAGUUAACAAACAGAUUCUUCCGUUUCAAGUUCUCAGCACAAGAAAAAGAAAAGAUGCAAAUUUAUCAGAGAUAACUGUUCAAGUCUGUAUUUAUGCUUUCGAUCUUCUAUAUAUUAACGGACAGUCAUUAGUUCGAGAACCAUUGAGAAAGCGCAGAGAACGUUUGUUGAAAAGCUUCAAUCAGAUAGAAGGAGAAUUUGUUUUUGCGACAUCACAAGAUUCUGUAAAUACAGAUGAAAUCGCUGAAUUUUUGGAAGAAUCAAUAAAAGGUAAUUGUGAAGGACUUAUGGUAAAAACACUCGACGAUAAAGCUACUUAUGAGAUCGCAAAAAGAUCUCAUAAUUGGCUCAAAUUGAAAAAGGAUUAUUUGGAAGGAAUGGGUGAUACACUAGACUUGGUUGUCAUUGGAGGUUAUCAUGGGAAAGGAAAAAGAACAGGAACAUAUGGUGGAUUUUUAUUAGCUUGUUAUGACAACGAAAGUGAAGAAUAUCAAACCAUAUGCAAGAUUGGCACCGGAUUUAGUGAUCAAGCUUUGUCAGACCAUACAAAUUACUUCAAAGAUCAUCUGUGUGAUAAACCAAAGCCAUAUUAUCGUUUGAAUGGUUCAGAAGCAGACCAAUGGUUUGAACCUGUGCAAGUAUGGGAAGUAAAGGCAGCCGAUCUAUCCAUAUCACCUGUAUAUGCCGCAGGAGCUGGAAUUGUUGAUCCAGAGAAAGGAAUGUCACUCAGAUUUCCAAGAUUCAUAAGGAUUCGCGAUGAUAAGAAACCAGAGGAUGCUACAACGAGUAGUCAGGUUGCUGACAUGUACAACCAACAGGAGCAAGUCAAAAACCAGCAACAAGAUGGCGGUGGGAAGAAGCAUGAUACAGAUUUUUAUUAACUUAUGAUUUGUGAAUAUUUCACAAUUUUGAAUACAUUCUGGAAAAAUAAUUUUAAAUAUGAAUUAUUGAAUACAUUCUAAAUCAGGGGCAAGUUCAUGUGGAAAAUUACUUAAAUCACUACAUCUUCAUGUUGAUCACAUCCAAAAGACAUUGUUUUUUUUUGUUGUUUGUCAUCAAUUGAGAUAUUGUAUGUUUAGAUCUGCUUGUCUGACGGCUGAAAUCUCUGAUUUUCGACGAUUUUAUAUCGAAUAUAAUGAAUUUUGAGGGCAUCCCUGUAAAUAUGUUACUAGGUUUCCCAAACCAAACAGUAAAACUAUUUAUUCGCUUGUCAAAAUAAUGAGCAUUCAGACUUUUGAAACCAGUUAUCAUCAAGUAUUUGACUUCAGAAUGACUUAUCAUUACUAUAUAAGGGGAUUUGUUAUUUAUUAACAGUUAAAUGUAUAUUUGCGUAUAUUUAGUCGGUUUUCUAAAUUGUUCUGCGAUUGUAAGCACACAUGAUGUAAUGUUUAAGGGGAGUUGUUAUUUAUUAACAGUUAAAUGUAUAUUAAGUAAGUUUUCUGGAUUGUGCUGCGAUUGUAAGACCGUGUGAUGUAAUGUUUACUUAAUCACAUUUACUGCCUCCUUGAAUAAAUAAUGUUUGUCACUGCCAUAUUCUUGGUUGCAUUUUGAAUAAAUGUUUUUAUUACAACA